AUGUUUUUCUAUUUUCGUUGAACUCUAUUUGAACUCAGAAUGAGAUACAAAUAAAACUAAAAUGUUAUUUGAUUUGCCUAAGGUAAACUUCGGUAAAGUAACAUUUUUUUCACUUUUGUGUUCCUAGGGUCGAAUUGUUCCUUUCCGUUUCCAUAAAAAUUCUUACAGUCCUUAUGAUUCUAUGACUAUGAUUUUUUUUUUUAAAGAUCGUCGGUAUCAGCUGACUUGUGAUCAGAUUCAGAUGAAAUAGAAAUUGAACACUGAGUCCUAGAUUAAAAAUUAAAACAUUAUUAUAAUAUUCCAUUACAUGCAAUAACUUGAAUUCAAUCUAGAUUCUACCUAAAUAACUAGGCCUAAAAAUUAGUAUGCUUUAUUUGAUCUGGUUUAAGUUUAAGAGUGUUAAUUCAAACUCAAUGUCCUUAGCCUUAUUUUUCAAUUAUUAAUUAUUAUUGAUUAUUGAAUUGAAAAAUUAUUCGAUUCAUUUAUGAUUAUCAUGAUAGGCUGAUAGGACAUGAUAACUUAUCCUUAUCAUAAUAAUUAAAUCAUAUAAGUAUUACUUAGUAUUAGUAGUAGUAGUAUUAUCAUCACCAAGAUUGAUGUCACUGGUCUACUUAACACUUGUUAACUUGUUAUCUGGGACCAAAUAGUUGGAAUAUGACAAUACUUAAUUAUAGUCUUAUAUACAACUUAACUUAAUUUAAUAAGUUAGGCCCUAUUAACUAUUAACUUUUAAUUAAACAUUGUUUACUUUUAGGCUACACUAUUAGUAACUAUUAGCCUUAUAUCUUGUCCAUGGUCAAUGUGUGGAAGUAAAUCAACUGUCAACAACUUUUAAGUUUAAGCAGGGUUAGUGAGGGAUUUUUAAGUCUUAGGAGUUGGUGAGGAUACUUCUUCUUUAUUUUGAGGGCCCACGAUCAAUGAAUUGAUCAUUCUGGCUCCUAUCUUUCAGAGGGGUUUGCUAUGUUACUGUGCAUGGUUUUCAAGGGGAUACUUCACUGGUUGCAAGGGCUACUCAGCAGUGGUGUUAUGAACUGGGGGUUGGAAGACAGGAGGCAAUAGACACAAUUGUGUCGAUCAAGUGUAGCCACCUCAACUGUUGCUUUUGGAAGCUUGUUCCAGUCCCUUAUUGUCUUUGGCAGGAUAGGCAGUACUAGUACUGGUAACACCACAACAAUGGCUACUCUAAGUAUUACAAAAUGUAAUAACUUCAGUUUCAGAGAUUUUGGUUGGGCUUUGUGUUUGACCCACACUCACACAUGAAUUUUGAAAUUAUCUUACUUGGAAGUCUUAAUAGCUACAUGUUGAUCUGUAAACUUCAAUAGAUUUUUUUUAAGCUCUAUAGUAUUGUCCUGCACAAGUCACACAGGCCAUUCCAUAUGGAGCCCAUACAUAAAUGACUAUUUUGGCAGAUUUUGGAACCCCCUCUCCAUUGUCACACAUUUGCCUCAUCAUACAUUAUCAGAAAUUCCUGAUCUCCCCCCUACCCUCUAGAUGCAUGACAUCAUUUAUAGAUGGCCGCUGACUGUAGUAACCACGUUUUUCAAUAACACCAAUUGCAACUCUCAAACGCUCUCUGAGUAUUGUGAGCUAGAUUUAUACCUUAGCUUAGUGAGAUCUUGGUUUACCUGGGAUUUUUCUGAUUUAGGAAUGUUGUCCCAGUCUGUUUGAAUUUCGUCCUGGUUUCAAACUCAGUUUGGUAAUAAUUAAUUUUUCUUAUCUUAAAAAGUCUCGUACACAUUGUUAGUAUCAUAACUUGGUUGGUAUCAAAUUCCAUAUUUAAAUUAUCUAAGGUCAAAUUUGAGAUGUAAAGACUGUCAAGUUCUAAGCUUGUAUUGGGCAUUGUGAGUUAAUUUAUGAAAAAAUUCUACAUUUAAAAUUGAGGCUUUUUUUUAAUAUAAGGCCUGAACCCUAUGACCCCCAUCCAUUCCCUAUGGGAAGAGAGAAUUAAUAUGCCAGAAUUUAAACUCACUAGUCUUUUUGUGACUAUAAUAAAUUUCUAAUUACUUAACAAUUCAAGGACUUUGGACAAAGCGAAAAAAUUCAUUUCUUAUAAAGUAGGUUCAAGUGAGAAACAUGAAUUAAUAAAUAAUCUCUGUAUCCUCAAAUACCCAACACACAAGAUGUGACUUUUCAGACCUUGGAAUUUACCCAAUGGCGUACCUUGACUAAAUGCCCCUCAGGGCAAAUUUCAAAAAACAUAGUGUAGGAAAUUAACUUGGACAAAAUUAUCACUUGUGGUACUGACCUACCCCCUCGCCCCCUUAAUAACACUACUGGACCCUGUUUCAACCCUUAAAAAUUAAGGUAAGCGUAUACAGAGCUUCUCACAUACAUGUACCAUUUAUAUUAUUUAUCCAUUUUUAAAAUGUUAAAGCAGUUUAUUGAAAACAAAAAUUACACAUUUCAUUUUUCUGACACUGCACAUGAAUUAGAGCAUCGAAAAAUUUAUUUUAUAUUUCCUUCCUCAGCAACAUUCCUAUUUAUAUUGCUUAACCUGGUUAUCCUGUACACAAUUGCUUUCUUAGAAAUGGGAGUAGCUAAGAAGGUAUUGGCAGGUAAUGAAAAGUUAUAUUCCUUACUGUAACUAAUCUUUAUGCUACUGAUCAUUUCACUUUAUAUAAUUAUAUAAAAAAUGUAAGUGAUAUUAAAUCAUGCCUCGAAAAAUCAACUCACAAACAGCCAAAAACUAAUCAGAUUUCCAAAUUUAAAUUUUAAUGAAAUAUUACACAAUUCAUUAAUGAAGCAGGACUUAUUUAUUUUUUCUUCCUUAUAAUCUCUACUGCAAAAUAGUUGAUACAGUCCACAAUUAUUUUAUUUUACAGAUUUCAUUUGUACCUUACAAUUACUUUUUGUUGAAUAAUUGUUGCUCACAUUUUGGUUAAACAUAAAUUAUAACAGGCGUGUCUGCCAUUAGCCUAUGUGGCCUGGGCUUUGUAGCACUGGACAUUAGAAAAUGCAAGGUGUAUCCCGACCAGGGCUUCAUUGAUGCCGCACGACACUACCUUGCUGUUCGAAGCUUGUAUGUCAUCGGUAAGGUCAUGAUGAGGAAACUGGAGAAGGCCACCAAAGAUGUGAAAACAUCUCAGAGGGAAUUCCUGCUGCAGCAGAUCAAAGAGAAUGUUGACACAGAGUUUAGCAGAGAUAUGCAGGUGCAGUUAGUUAAAAAAUGCUUGUUAAUUAUUUAACACGUGUAGUGUAAUAAACUUUCAUGAAUAUUAAAACUUUUUUUUUUUCAAAUAUGAGGGGCCCUUAAGGAGGGAAAAGAUUGAUUAUUCAGUGUCUCCAUGGGGUGAACAUCUGAAUCUUUUUCAACUCUUUCCAAAUUUCCUCUUGUGAACUUUUUUUUUUUUAAAAUAAAUUAUAUUAUUUCACCUAUUUCAGUUAGAUAAAGUAAAAUCAGUCAAAGAUUUUCUCCAACUGUAUCCACUGACCCGUUAUCCAGAUUAUUCCCGUUACAUCAGUCGAAUGAUAAGUGGAGAAAGGAAGGUCCUAACAUCUGAACAUCCAAUCAUAUUUGCUGUCACAUCUGGCACCUCUGGUUCUAGUAAAAUUUUACCCAUGUUGCAGAAACAAACCAAAUUAUUCUUUUUUGAAGUAAGUUAACUAAAUAAUUGCUAUAUUCUAUAUGUAGUUACAUAAUAUGUCUAAAUAUUAAUAUGCAUGCAUAGAUGACAUAUGGUAUCUGUAGAAAGUUGAAUAAUGUUGAAUAUGUUGGAUAUUCAAUAAUGUUGAAUAUGUUGGAUAUUCAAUAAUGUUGAAUAUGUUGGAUAUUCAAUAAUGUUGAAUAAUCCAUUUUGUUAUCAACAAUAUGUUUAUUUUACAAAAUAAAUAGAUCUAAUCUAUAAGCUAUAAUUUAAAAAGGUGACACUAAGUCAUCAUUGUUAAUUUUAUUUAGUUUUAAGUAAAUAGUUAGCACUCUGAAAUCCUCCAGGGGCUUUUCAUUGUUGAUUAAAUGCCUGAGUCUGAGGGAGUUUUGUGUGCUUUAAAAUCACACUUGUAAAUAGGAAAUAAAGCUGGUAACUUAUCUGUUUCUUUUAUAUUACAAAAGUUGUCUAAAAUAGUUGUUUGAAAGAUUCAACAUUUGCAUUUCAUAUUCAGGGUAUUUCAGUGUUGUAUAAAUGUAUGGUGGAGGCUUACCCCAAAACCAAACUGCUGCAUAAAGAUCUGAAACUAUUUUACACACCUAACUGGAGAUAUACUGUGGAUGAAGUACCGAUCGGGCCUAAUUCAGCUUCGCCUGACAGGUAGAAAUCUCAUUUUAUGUGAUUUAUUGUAGUAGUACAAAAACCAUUAUUUUAUUCCUUAUUUGGUAUCUGCAAUCAUUUAGUAUUAUGAUUAAAAAAUGUAAAAUGUUGCCCUUUGUGUAAAACUUGAACACAUAGCGUUUAACGAUUCAUAAUUAAAUUUCAAGCACAUAAGUUUAGAGGUGCUCAGCUGAAUGAAAAUUUCCACUGUAUUUAUGUCGUAGAGAUGGCAAGAUUUAAACGUGUAAAAAGCCGAGUAGCUUGGCCAUGUCAAAAUCAGAAGCAGUAAAUUAAAGCUGCUGCUAGAGAAGCAUGUGAUCCAUGAUAGACCAUCUCAUAUGAUACUUUUUAUCAUUUAUGCACUAUACGUCAGGGGUAAGGUUUGUGAUUUAAUUUUUUUUUUUUAAAUGAUAUGCCUAGAGGAUAAAAAGAGUUUGUUUUUUUAAUUGACAGAUCCAAAGGACUUUUACAUAUCUACACCACACCCCCAGUUGCCUAUGAGAUUAGAUCUGAACCAGAAGCCCUCUACAUCUACCUUCUGUUUGCCCUCCUAGACCCUCAUGUAGGGAUGAUUGAGGCCAACUUCGCUUCAAUCAUUUACAAUGCUUUCUGUACACUAGAAUCAAACCUGGCCCAGCUGGCCGAUGAUAUUGAACAAGGUCAGAUUAACCCAGACCUCAAGAUAAACGAAGCUGUCCGUGACCAACUGCAGAGUUUGCUGAAGCCCAAUCCUGGCCGAGCCAAUGAAAUCCGUGAGGCUGCACAAACUGGCAUGGUUGGACUGGCCAGCAGGAUCUGGCCAGAGCUUCAUCUACUCCUGGGAGCUGACUCUGGAACAUUUGACUUGUAUGGAGAAAAGUUACGAUAUAGCUAUUGUGAAGGUAACCGCCCUACUUUAAAAAAUUCAGUUGAAAUUUUUUCUUGCUAUUUUUUACAAGUACAAGUUUUGUAUAGGUAUUCAGCAUAAAAGCUUAAAAAAAUUAAUUUUUAUAUCAAAGAUAAAUCUUAUUUGCUUUAAUCAGUUUGCUAAAUGCUAAAAAUGUGUUGUUGUUUUUUUUUUAAAGUUCAUACUAGAGACCAACCAUAUUUUGGCUUUGGUUGUGGUGCCAAAAGUUUCCAUUUGAUCACUUUUGACAUACUUUUGGUUUCGGACGAAACUUAAAAGUUAACUUUCAACGAAUUUUUGGGUUUCGGCCGAAACAGAAAAGUUAACUUUUGGUUUUAUUUUGGUUUCUGCCGAAAGUGAUCGAGACUUUCAGCCAUCUGUCCGAAAGUGAUUGAUGCUUUCGGUUAUGUACCACAUGUCAGACUGACUAUCUUUAGGCCGGCAAUCCUUUAUUCAUUAUUGCUGGAUGUUUUGCUGUCAUGGUAUGUUAUAAGAAGAAAACAGCUCACAGCAGCAUGAUGAACUACUUGUCCUGUAUUUUAAAAAAAUAAUUUUUAAUUAGCCUUAAGCAAAGUUAAUAGGCUUGUGGAAAAACAAAUACAGGAAUGGUAAUAUUGUUAAUUUUGUUUUAAUUUUUUCAAAAAUAAAAUUUGGGAAUCUUAGGUUCAGUCAAUUCAUUUUGAUUUUAUCAUUAUCAUGCUCAUAAAUAUUGUCAUAGGCAAAUAAUAUUGAAUGAUCCCAGGGAAUGGUAAUAUUUCCAUUAUUAUUUUUGUUUUAUUUUUUAAAAUAAAAAUUAGAGAACCCUAGGCUUAUUCAAAUCAUUAAUUUAUUGAAAUUCAUCAUCAUCAUGCUGAUAAACAUUGUUAUUGACGAAAUAAAACAUGUGUGCACAGUGCAUGUAAUCACUGCUUUGUAUAAUAAUUUUGUUGUAAGCUUACUGCAGACCUGUUUCCUUUUGAUAUGUCUUUAAUGUUUCUAAGCCGAGACAUGUCAGUACUACGAUUUUAAGUGACCCGGUAAAAACUAUAUUCCCCCCUCCCACCAAAAAGAGUGUGGGAGGUUGGUCACUGAAUAAAAUAAUUAAAAUAAUAAUUUUUUGCAUACGCUAUAUUAAUUAUUAUUAUUAUUAGUGGUCUUAUAUAGCGUGGUACCCCAUUGUCUAAUCAACUCUGGCAUUCAAAUUAGGCUACAUUGACGGACGUGUACAUAAUGUGGAGGAUUUUAGUGCUAUUAUCAAUUUUGAAUUUUUCAAAACUACAUAUUUUUAAAAAAUGCAUUCUUAACUGCUCUGCACAGUAGCGCUAGAUUUUGAAAUAUGCUAUAACUUUAAGAUCUAGUAAGCGGCAUUUGAAAUCUGUUUUAAGAAGUCACAAAGCAGCUGUACAAUUUUAAUACCCCAGUUUUGUUCCACCACUUAUCUUCCCACUCUCCCAAUGCAGCUUGUGGUAGUUUUUCCCAUAAUAUGUUAACGGAAAAUAAAAUCAGGCUCCUAGGCUUAAUGCAAGUGUGGGUAUACCCUGGCCCGCCACGUUAAACCGUGAGAUGUAUCACAAAUGAAAAUAUUUCUUCAUUUCGCUGUCUAUAUUAUUUAUUUUUUUUUAACUUUACGCGCCAUUUUGGAAUGAUAGAUUGAAAAUUGACUGAAAUAAGAAAUACAUUUUUUUUUAAAAUAGUAUUUAUUAACUAAUAAAUUAAAAGGAUUUAUGUUUUAAAAAAAAGCUAGGUAAGGGGAACUCAUUUUUCACAAGCAUUACGAUUAAGUCUCGACUGAUGCAAAGCUAUAUUUAGGUAUACGCAAAUGUGCAUCCCUUCGCUUUGAAUUUAUUAAAAAAAAUUCCGGGCUCAGCCUCAUCCGCAAACCCCACCUCAAUUUCAGCAUCCUCAAUUUCAGCUCCCCCAACAUAUCUUCGUCUAUCAGAGUUGCAAUGACAUAAAAUUUUAUUUGUAAUAAUCCACAGUAUAUAAAUAUAUAAACGUCUGUCAUCUACUUUGAGAAGUGACCUUUAUUGGACAUGUGAUGCGAAUAAUUAUGUAUGCAAUUAUACUGUAUGUUUAUUUAUUCACUGUUACAGUAUAGUUCCAGGUCUGCAAUUGUAUCAUCUACUAAACUUAACUCAAAAUUCCUUCGAUUUUGUUUGACCUGGGUCAAAUAUAAAAAUACCCGAUAUAUAAUAAUAGCGGAUAAAAGAAAAAUUUGAAUGUUGACCAAAAAAAAAAGUGUGUUUUAAAGAAAUAGUUUGGUGUAGCAGAACAAAUAGUUCCUUCAAGACUUAUGUUAUGCAUGCAUAGGCUAAGCUUUCGAUCUAUACCAAAUGUCUAGGUAAUAUUGUAUUUAUAUUACAUGAAUUUUUGCCCCCCUCCCUCCCUUUUUUUUUUAAUUUUUUCCCCCCCCCCCCCCUUUCAUAUUUUUCUCUUAUCAUACUACUUAAAAAUACAUUUUUUAACAAGUUUAAAUUACUUUUUAAAUUUAUAAGAAUUCAUUGUGUGCUCAUCUAUUAAAACUCACGAUCUCAUUUUUUAUAAAAAUAAUAAACGUUUUGAUACUUUUCCCCAUCAUUUGUCGAUAUAUGAAGAAAAUAUGUGUGAACGAAUCUCAAAAUAUCUAAUUCUUUUGGCUUCGGCCGAAGGUCUCGUUAAGCUUUUUGUAUCGGUUUCGGCCAAAAGUCAUUUUUAACUUUUGGUCUGGUUUCGGUUUCAGCCGAAAUUAGAAAAUCACUUUUGGUCGGGCUCUAGUUCAUACACUGCUACUCAAAAAGUGAUGAUUAUUAUUUCUUAAACAUUAUUUGAACUUCUUUUUUCCACACAUAGCACAAUGGUCAUGAAUAUUUAACAUUACAAGAGAGUCAAGCUCAGGGCAGUUUUAAAUUAAAGAAGGAAGAUAAGCAGAAACUUAUAAAUAUAACAAAUAUAAGCAUUUAUUCCCUACAACUAUUCCCAAAGGUGUGCCCUUGUAUUCGCCCAUCUAUGCUGCAUCAGAGGGUCUGCUUGGGAUUAACAUCUGGCCCCAUCAGCUGCCAUCACACUAUCUCCUUCACCCUCGCACUCAGUUCUUUGAGUUCAUUCGUGAAAACCUAAUGGAUGAGGAGAAUCCCCCAACAUGCCUCAUGCACCAGGUCAGAGUUUGGUUUGAACUCCUUAAUUUACAGACUCAAGAACUGGGCUGGUAGGGGCGCAUGGAAUUUAAUUUCUCUUUCACAGCUGCAUAAUUUUUUUUAAAAUAUCUAUAUAUAUACACCUUUAAAUAAAGCUUUUCGUAAAUUCAUUCAGAGUUCAGUUUGCAAAUAAGCAAAGGAAUAAUUUUAAGAUUUAACUGUGAUUGUCUUUAUUAGUUUUACAAUUUUACAUUGUGAUUAUUAAUCUUACAAAUAACCACUCACAAUUUGUACAUGUUUUGAAAACAUUAAUCCAGUUCCUUGAAGAUCUUGUGGGCUGCAUUAUUAUACACAUUAGCUGGCCACAAGUUGUCUGUGAACAGCAUGUUUCCUACCCCACCCUGGUUUAGAACCGCACAAUUCAUGAAGUCUCUUCAACUACAUUCUCACAACAAAUUAAAAUAUGAGACUUGUUUAGCAUCUUUUUUUUUUCUCCUAUAACCUAUUCUUACAUUAUCAAGGUUGCCAUAGAAAUUCGAUAAAUUCUAAAUUUAUUGGUAGGACAAUAUUGAAUAUGAAUUUUAAACCCUCAUGAGGAGUUAAGAGAGAUACCCCACCCUUUUCCCUGACCCACCAGCCAUGGAUCUGGUAUUGUAUAAUAAAUUAAUGAUAACUGUCUGUUGAUGGUAAAACAAUUGCAAUAUCAUUUAAACAGAUUUUGGGACUAAAGGGCAUCAGACCAUUGUACUUCCUUAAGUAUAUGCUGUCCACAUUGUAUAAUAAAACAGUGCAGGAAGUUCCAUGUUGUUCAACAAUAUGUAGCGUAAUUCAAUAUAACUUAACUCACUGGACAUCCUCAAUGGAAUGCAAUUUAAUGGACAAUUAGAUUUGAGAUACUUCACAAUAGUCAGCAAACUAAGGAUUUCACAUACUUGUAUUGCCUAUUUUAUCAAUUUAUUCAUGGAUCAUUGUUAAGGUUGGGUAACAAUUCAUUUCUCCUGCAGGUAAGAGAAGGCUGCACCUAUGAACUUGUUAUCACCAACCCCAGCUGUUUGUACCGCUACAGAUUUGGUGAUGUCAUCAAAGUGGUGGGCUUCCACAACCAGUGUCCCAUCAUAGAGUUUAAGUAUAGGUCAGUAUGUCAUCAGUAGUUUAUUGUGUCAUCAGUCAUUACAGAUCUGGCCUAAUUGAAUCAGUUGAAAAAUCCAUUGUCAUCUAAUGUUCAGUGUAUCAAGACAAGACCAGGGAGUGACUAAUUGUUUCUACAAAUCCCUUAAAUUUGCUUAUUUUUAAUGUUAUUCAGAUUGUAGCGAUGUCUGGUAAUACUGGCUAUUUUGAAUAUACCGGUACAAAUCAAAUCUCUAUUAAUCACUGUUGAGUGAAAAUUCUAUCUGAAAUAAAAAAUCAUAAAGGCUGUUCACACAAAAUAAAUGGGGACAUUAAUGUAGUAAUCACACAUUGAAAUCGAAAGUUUUGAAGCCUUGUUGAUUAAACCUCUAGCCAAGUUGAAAACUAUUUUUUUUUAAUUACAAAAUUCUGUUUGAUGUUCAUGAGUACAAACCAUAAUAAGUGUGAGGUUUUUUUGUUGUUGUUUUUUUUUUUUACAUGCCAUUAGUUUAGUUUAUAGAAUAAAGUGAAGAAUAAACAGUAAUGCUAUGAAUUUUUAAAAAGGAACACAAUAAAAAUGGAAGCGAUCAUUAUUUUCAACCUCAGCAAACAACAUUAUGAUGAAAGGAUAUCCUAUAUGGCUUGUAAAGAAGUCAUUUUUAGGCUUAAUUAGCACCUACAAAAUAAAAAUAUAUGAGGGACUUCAUGAAAGCUGUGUGAUGUCAAUAAAUAGUGGAACAAGAUGUGUUUAGGCUUGAAAAAAAAAACAGAACAAUUAAAAGGACUUUUCGGCUAAAUGCCUUCUUCACCUGUUGGACUGUAUUUUUAAUUUAAAGGGUGAUACUUAUGGCAGAAGACCCAAUAGCUAAGCAAAUUUCUCAAAAACAAUUCAUCAGAUUUUGAACAUGCCUAUUUGAUUGCAUACAAUGAGUAAAUGCUUAUUAAUUGUGUACACCAUCUUCCUUUACUACCACAACCAAAUGACAGAUCUAUCACCAUGCCAGAGGCAGUGUAGGCAUGUUGGCGCACAACGUGGUUCUCGAUGACAGACAACAGAUAUUGCCCUGAUGUCACCAGGAUUUUUCUCUCUACCUGUUACAAUUUCUUAUGUUCCUUUGACUCAAAUUUAAUAAUGAUGACUUCAUAAAUUUCCAAAAUAUUUGCAUUUUUCUUGGUCCAGCACAGACAGAACCACCCUAUAUUUUUUUUCUCCAGGAAGGGUCAGUUUCUCAAUGUCAGGGGAGAGAAAAUAUCAGAAGAGUUAUUCUAUGAUACUUUGAAAGGCACUGUGACAAAAAUCUGGACAAACACCACGUUGGCAGAUUACUGCUGUGUUGAAAGUGUUGCGCUGGAUGGUCUGGAUGUGCUCAAAGGUAACUCAUAAAGAUAGACUACUUACUAUAAGGGUCCUAAAGCUUGAAUACAGAGUGUGGACACUUUAUUAUAUCAAUAUUUUAAUUACAAGUUUUACUGUUAUGGAAUAAUUUUAGUAUCGCUUAGAAGUUGUCUGGAUUCACAAAGAACAACAUAAAGCCCAACAAUGUUCAUCAAUGGAGUUUGAUAUUCUUCUCCAUUAAAUUAGUAAUAUUUCUGAUGUGAGAGCAAAGUCUUGUCAUGAACAACCUAUGUGAUAACAACAAAUACUACCUCUGAAACAUACUUGCACUCAUCUUCCUUAUAUCAAAUCUAGGCAUAGGGGUGAUGUGGAAGUAAAUGAGUUGAAAUAUGCCCAGGCUUGCUCCCAGCUAUGAGCAAAUGUUGAAUUGUCUGUAUUUUUGGGGUUUUGUUUUUUGGUUUUAUUUUUGUUUUUUUGGUGGGUUGUUUGGUUUUAUUUGGGGGGGAUGCCUUUGAGUAUAUGUCACUGUAAAUUUGUAAAACAAUCAACUGGCUCUUUGCUGGUCUCUUAAAUUAAAUUUUUAUUUUUUUAAUUUUAGGAUUUAAAACAUCCCAACCAUGCUACCAUGUUUUUAUUGAGUUGGAAAGAAAAGAUGGAAGCGGUGAUAUCAGAUCAGUGUCUAGAUCACAAAAAACUAUGGUAAGGUCAUGUCUCUGAUUUUUUGCAAUCAUUUAUUAGGACAAGAGUUAAUUGAAUUCUGUAAAAUGACUUCAAUGAUUGAAUCUGUUAACACUGGAAAGAUGAAAUGAUUGAAUCCAUUAACACUGGAAACAUGCCAUUGAAAUGACUGAUUAUGAUAUAGUACUGCAUUUAAUUGCCUUUUAUGUCUAAUAAAAUGAUGUAGCCUAUGACUGCAGGUUAUAAAAUAACAUAAAGACACUGCCACCGACACUGUUUAAGUAUUUCAUUACCUUCAAAAUUUUUUUAUUAAGGCACAUAACAACCUCAAAUAUUAUGUGUAGCACCGGUAUGAAGUUGACUAACGAAUCAGUUAUUUUAAGCCAAAAGUAUACUGAUACAUACAGUACUGUGGUACAUGCAGUACUGUGUUAAUUCUUACACUGUCUCUCCCAAGCUGGAUGAUGCUCUGAUGGUACAGUCUUACCCCUACUCAUCUUUCCGGCACAAAGGCAGUAUUGGUCCGAUUCAGGUUCAUAUUGUACCGAGGGGAACGUUCAUGGAAUUGAGACAUUUUAUGCUAGAACAACCAUCAUCAGCAUCAAAUCAGUACAAAGUUCCUAGGGUGCUGCACAACCAGGAGGCUGUGAAAUUUAUGUUUGAUCGAAUUAUUGAUUAAACGUACUUCAUGUAUAGUGUUUAGGGCAUUUGAUUAAUUUGAAUAUUAAAACAAUAUUGUGCUUAUACUUAUAAUUAUGAAGUUUAAAAAAAAUUUAUUUGAGAAACAAAUUAAUUAAUAACUUGUACAAAGUAUUUCUAAGUAAACAAGAUAAAAUCGACACUGACCUUAUUCAAGAUAAAUUUUAGGGGAUGUUUAAAAAAAAUACAAACUUACAAGAAAAUGUCAAGAAAAAUGAGAAUAUGUGAAGUAUUUUUAUCAGUCUAUUUUUAUCUUCAUGUCAGAUUCAACAAACCUAGUUUGAUCAAUGUUGUUUUUUAUUAAAUUUCCAUAGUGUUUAUAUUGUGAAAAGAGAUUAACUUUAACCUUAAAAUAACGUUUCAUUCAAGGUUUUUUUUAGAAUGGUGUCAUGUUUUUAUAUUUACAUUUCUUCAGCUUUAUAAGUUUGUGUGGUAAAAAAAAAAUAAAUUCAGAUUUGUUUAAAUUUAACAUAGUUUAAAAGUUUAUGAAUAUGAUGGUUGUGACCAACCCACUUGGAUGGAAAAAAAAUUCAAACAGAAAGUUAUCAAAAUAAAAUAUUUUUAGAGUAAAUUUUUUUAAUAUAAUUAUGGAGUAAGACAGGUUGUCCCCAUGGCCCAUUAGUAGUAAUAUUGUGUGUCUCUGCCAAGGGGUAACAGGUUUUACUUUGUCCAUGGUUGUCUGAAAGAUAUUGGUGAGUAGCUGGUUAGAAUGGACUAUAUAAUAUAAGCAAGUAGGGUAGUUUUUGGGGAGUAGGUAAACACUAAAUUAACAAUAUCAGCCACUGACACGAGUUAACUUUGAUUGUGAUUAAAAGUCGGCUGUAUUUAAACAAUCAAAAUGCAGAAUUGAACAAGUGCAACAUUUUAAAAAAUUGUGUAAGACUGUCGAUCACUAACCACUUGAAAAAUUGUGCAGAUCAUUUCCAAGAAAUUAUUAACAAGUUACAUUGAUGACAUGUAUGUGACAUUUUUUUUUCAUGUGUCAAAGCUUUUCCAUAAGUAAUUCCUCAUUAGAUAUUAGAUCAGAAGCUGAUUUUAAAGAAAUUAGUAAUUUAUGUCUACUAAUACAAAAGUUUUGAAAGCUUUAUUAUUUUUUUUUAAUUUGAUAAUUCCCAAACAUAACCCUUUUAAUACAAUACUUAAAUGUUGCUUUCCUGUGUGAACAGAAUUUUUCCCAGCAUGAACUAAUCAUUAUUAAAGUUUCAGGGUGCUCUACCAUUAGCUUUCAACUUCCACAAUAAUGUUCCAGAAUUUUGACAUUCAAGAUUCAGAAAUAAUGUUUUCAUGAAUGAUAGAUUUAAAUAAGCAUAAAAUUAUGUACUGUUUAAUGGGUCCUGAAUUCAAUUUCAUGUCUUCUUUUUUAAAUAAUUUAUUCUUGGUGUUGUGACUUUUUUUUAGUGAGCUUUGAAAAAGGAGGGUUGGGAUUAUUUAUCAAACCAUUUAUCUGCUAAAUGUUCUUGUAAUUUUACCAUCAUUGCUAUCAGUUUCCUUUUUAAAAAUAAUUGAAUGAAAACCAUGAACUUGAGUAUAAUGAUAUCUAGGGUUCUUCUUAAUUCCUGUAUUGCGCAAAUAUUCAAAUAAUAUGGAUUUCCUUAAUAGGGAAUAAUUACAAAAACUGAAGACUCCAGUCCCACAAGUUCUCACAAACUUCCCAUAGUAAGUUAUAAAGUUUUUACUCCUACAUAUAAAAUGGCAACAAAAUAUCUUUUGCGAGUGUGUUGGUUAGGUAUUAUGUCAAGGUGAACUAACCAGCAUGGGCAUAGGAAGGGUGGGGCAGUCCGCACUUUUUUUUUAUACAUACCGUUUUAUAGUUGGAUUUCCAUAAUAGGGAAUAAUUACAAAAACUGAAGACUCCAGUCCCACAAGUAGUCACAAACUUCCCUUAGUAAGUUAUAAAGUUUUUACUCCUACAUAUAAAAUGGCAACAAAAUAUCUUUUGCGAGUGUGUUGGUUAGGUAUUAUGUCAAGGUGAACUAACCAGCAUGGGCAUAGGAAGGGUGGGGCGGGGCAGUCCGCACUUUUUUUUUUAUACAUACUGUUAUAUUAAGGGGUGGAAUUUUGUGCCAACUGCAGUUCUUUCAGGUGUGGUGGUGGAAAAAAUCUUGCUCCUUAACCCUAGCUAAGCUAUUGCUAACCAGUAAUUAAACAAUUUCAUUUAAACGUUACCCAGUAUGCUUUUUUUAUUGGGGGAGAGGUGACAGUAGUAAUAAUAAUACACUCAAGAAAUAUUAAAAUUUCUUUCUUCCAUGAAGCUUUAAGUGUGAAAGUUUGCCUUAACUUAACAAGUGAUAUUUUAUGUCUGUUAAAAUUGUGGAAUAUUACUAGAAUUUUUAUUCACAUUCCCAGCACUCAGCUCAAAUUCUGUUUUUAGAACUGCAUUUGUUUUUAUCAAUACUAAUGCAUUGACUUGUUUGAUGAACAUUUACAAUUAUUUUAAGCUAAGAUGGUGAUAGAUUUUGUUUAUGUACUUUGCCUUGUCAGUUUUUCUCUAAAUGUUCAUUUCAGAAAUUACCCCUCAAAAGUUAGUUAUAAAUCUAUAAAUGUUUCAGAUGAUUUUGAGUACCGGUACUCUUUUGUUAUAUUACUAAUAUUUCUGGCCAAAGAAUAAAUUGCUGGCACUGGAUCUCUUCAAUGGUUGAAUUCAAGAUUUUCUUAUACUACUGCUCUUUAAUCCUUAAUGUGUCAUGUAUUGUAUUUAUUAAAAAUACAUCUGCAAUGAUGUGUGCCUCUUUGAAACUGUUGAAUAAAUUUUUAAUUAUUUUAUAUCCGUUUCAUUAGUCUCCCUAUUGUCUUUUUAUUUGAAAUUAAUAUUAAAUUUUAAUGAGGUGCAGUCUAGUAGGUGGUAUGACAUACACUUAAUGAAAAUUACG